GCGGUUUAUUCGGACGUAAGCAGAGCACUAACUAAGAAGAGAAGGCCUUUGUCCUCUUCCUUCCCUCUUCCUUUACGCGUUUGUUUUUGCUUCUGCAUCUCUUCUUCUUAACCGUUCACACGCUCCUCUCUCUAUCUCUCUCUAGAAGUUUAAAAGUCUUUCCUUUUUUUAACGCUUCAUCUGGGUUUUGAAUUUUCUACACACCCCCACACGAUUUGGUCAUUCCACAAGGAAAGUUGUUGAAUUUUCUUUCUCUCCGUGUUCAAAGGGUUUCUGAACAUUUUCUCGUAAUUACUUAGUAGUUAGUACCAUCGAUCUGAUUCUCACAAUAUUUUGUAAAGUUUCGAGCUUUAGAGACUCUGUUCUCCUCUCUGAUCAUCAUCAUCAUCAUCAUCGUUUCUAGGGUUUCUAUUUCUACGAUUCUCCCUCAGUAAUGAGGAAGCCGAAGGUACCUUCUUCGAAACUAGACGUCUUCGUAUCUCUCACGAAGCAGAGAUCGGUUCAGAUACUGACGGCGGUUGCCUUUCUCUACAUGCUCCUCAUCACUUUCCAAAUCCCUUUCGUCUUCAGAACCGGUUUCAGCACCUUGUCCCAGGACCCGUUAACCCGACCCGAGAAGCACAACAGCCAGCGCGAGCUGCAGGAGAGGCUACCCCCGAGCCGUCCUCGCAAGAGCUUGCUUUUCCAGGAAUCCGAACCACCCGCGGCGAUGAUUCCGGGUUUAAGGAGGAGGAAAAGUCGGAUCCUUUCCACCUUGAAGUUCGACCCGGAAACGUUUAACCCCUCCGUGGAGCUCCACAAAUCCGCCAAGGUGGCUUGGGAAGUUGGUCGGAAGCUGUGGGAAGAGCUUGAGUCUGGGAAAACCUUAAAGUCCUUGAAGAAGAAGACUGAGGAGGAGAAUGGGUCAUGCCCUCUCUCGGUUUCCUUAACCGGGUCUGAUCUUUCGAACCGUGGGGGUCUCAUGGAGCUUCCCUGCGGGUUAACUCUCGGAUCACACAUCACAGUGGUUGGGAAGCCGAGAGCUGCUCACUCGGAGAAGGACCCGAAGAUAUCGUUGCUAAAGGAAGGAGAGGUUUCGCAGUUUAAGCUCGAGCUUCAGGGCUUGAAAGCGGUGGACGGGGAAGAGCCGCCUCGGAUACUCCACUUGAACCCGAGGCUCAAGGGUGAUUGGAGUGGUAGGCCUGUGAUUGAGCAGAACACUUGUUAUAGGAUGCAGUGGGGGUCUGCACAAAGAUGUGAAGGGUGGAGAUCUAGAGACGAUGAAGAAACUGUUGAUGGUCAGGUGAAGUGCGAGAAAUGGGUUCGUGAUGAUAGUAGCAUUGCAUCUAAAGAAGAGACUAGUAGCAAGAAGGCGGAUACAUGGUGGCUUAGUAGAUUAGUAGGACGGAGCAAGAGAGUAACCGUUGAAUGGCCGUUUCCAUUCACGGUUGAUAAGCUUUUUGUGCUUACACUUAGUGCUGGAUUAGAAGGUUUUCAUGUUAGUGUCGAUGGGAAGCACGUCUCUUCCUUCCCUUACCGAACUGGAUUUACGCUUGAGGAUGCUACUGGGUUAACCAUCAACGGGGACAUAGAUGUUCACUCGGUUUUCGCUGGCUCUCUCCCGACCUCGCACCCUAGUUUCUCUCCUCAGAGGUAUCUCGAGCUCUCUAGCAAUUGGCAAGCCCCGUCGCUUCCUGAUGGCCGAGUCGAUAUGUUCAUUGGCAUCCUUUCCGCUGGUAACCAUUUCGCUGAGAGGAUGGCGGUGAGGAAGUCGUGGAUGCAACAUAAGCUAGUUAAAUCUUCUAAAGUGGUGGCUCGCUUCUUUGUUGCGCUGCACUCGAGGAAGGAAGUGAAUGUGGAGCUAAAGAAGGAAGCUGAGUUCUUUGGGGACAUUGUUAUAGUCCCUUACAUGGAUAGCUAUGACCUUGUUGUCCUCAAAACCGUUGCUAUCUGCGAGUAUGGGGCUCAUCAGCUUGCUGCAAAGUACAUAAUGAAGUGUGAUGACGAUACAUUUGUACAAGUAGAUGCGGUUCUUAAUGAAGCUAAGAGAACAUCUGCAGAUAGGAGUCUAUACAUUGGCAACAUCAAUUAUUAUCACAAACCGCUCCGUCAGGGUAAAUGGGCUGUUACAUAUGAGGAAUGGCCAGAGGAAGACUAUCCACCUUAUGCUAAUGGACCGGGAUACAUCUUGUCAAACGAUAUCUCUCGCUUCAUUGUAAAAGAGUUUGAGAAACAUAAACUAAGGAUGUUCAAAAUGGAAGAUGUGAGUGUGGGAAUGUGGGUAGAACAAUUCAACAACGGGACCAAACCGGUGGACUACAUUCACAGCCUCAAGUUUUGUCAGUUUGGUUGCAUAGAGAAUCACUUGACGGCACAUUACCAGUCGCCGAGACAGAUGAUUUGUUUGUGGGAUAAGUUGGUUUUGACAGGAAAACCUCAGUGCUGCAACAUGAGAUGACCCCACAAUCCAUAUCACAUCUCUUUGGUUUGUAAAGAGGAGGAGAUUAGAAAUGCGAAUAGCUUCUUUUUUUUUCUUUUUGAGUAGCACUUCAUAUCAUAACAUAUAACUUUCGUUGUAGUAUAUCUUCUUGAUCUUGGAAAAUGAAAUCUAAAAAUACAUGUUAAAUCUU